AUGGGCAGCUCAUCGAACCCGGCUCACAAGGCAGGCGUGCCGCGCACUGGUCUCGUUUGGGGUAUCAACCGUGGUCACCCGACUAACCGCCGUGUCCUGGCUCCCCGACGUGUGCAAAGCAAGGGUGUGUCUAGCGAGCGUGUGAAGACAAUCCGGAGCAUCAUUCGUGAGGUGACGGGCUUUGCUCCUUACGAGCGUCGUGCUAUGGAAUUGAUCCGUAACUCGAAGGACAAGCGUGCACGCAAGUUCAUCAAGCGUCGCAUUGGUACAAUCGGCCGUGCUAAGCGUAAGAUGGAAAUUCUCACGACGGCCAUUGCUGAGCAGCGCCGCUCUGGUCACUAA